CCUGGAGUUAUGCUGUCAUCAACAGUUGCAUAAUUUGAAGCCCACGGAGCGGCGACGAGUGGCUGCAGUUUUGCGUUCGUUUCAUGUAAAGUCUUGGAAGAAUAUGAGCGCCUCACUUCGGCUGUACAUUGAGACUGAUGAUCCGGAUUAUCCGGGUUGGAACAAACUGAGGCUAAGAGGAAAAGAUUUGGAGAACAUUCCCGCUGAGUUGUUUAUGUUGCAGGAUCUUCAUAUACUCGGGAUGAGUCCAGAACGGCAACCUUCGUUGUGUUACCAGCUCACAGAAUUACCCCCUGAAAUUGGUGGGCUUCUUAACCUGAGAGUACUUCUCUUGGACACAAAUCAGCUGCGGUAUUUGCCCCCAGAAAUCGGGAAGUUAAAGUGCAUGGAAAAACUGUCAAUAUCGAAUAAUCGGCUGAAAUGUUUACCGGUUACAAUUUCGGGAAUGAAGCGCCUACAGAGUCUACAUUUGGCGAAUAACCUCUUUACAGAAUUUCCAAGACCAAUAUUGAAGCUGAAGAACCUGAAUUUUUUGGAUCUCUCAAGCAACCAGAUCGAAUGCAUACCUGUCGGAAUAGCAGGUCUUGAAAAGCUGGAGACCUUGUUGAUGUUUGACAACAGGAUGUCCAGACUACCAGACGAGAUUGGUAACAUGCCUCAGCUGCGUUGUUUGUGGAUUGGUAACAACCGAAUAAGAAAACUACCCAGCACUAUCUUAAAUUUGCGCGAACUAAUCUGGUCGCCUCUACUUUGUCCCAGUGUCACGUUGGAUGGCAACCCAUUGGUGGACCCCCCACCGGAGGUGUGCAAGGCUGGAGUGGAUGAAAUCGAUCAACAUUUCGGAAGGUCAUGAAGUGUUUAUGUAUGUGCAACUGAAAGACCGAACCUGAUUUUUGGCACCAGUCUUCAGCCAGUCAUCGAAUUAGAACUAAAGCCUCCUGGAAAAUCGGUUUACCUAUUGUUUGCAGAAAAUCACAACAGCUAUCGCACAUGCUAUCGAUGGAAAUCCCCGAAUAUAGUGCAUAUAAAGGAUUCUGAUGUCGUUGGUUAUUUCUUUAAUUCUACAUAUACGUUCAUAACACCAUUUAAUAAAAAACACUUCCCCACUGCUG